ACCCACCCCACCCGAACCCAUCCGACCGACCGAAUUGACAUCCCUAGACCCGACGAAGAGCACAUCUGCUGAGCCGCCGCUCUUCUUUCCGAGUGCCGCCGGCUCCUCUCUCUCGACCAAACUCGAGCAACGCGACAUUUCGACGCCGGCGACAAGUCGUCUCUUCCAUCGGCAUCCAAAUGGCCGCAUCGCCAUUUUGAAACACAUCUUCAGUCUAAAGUGAGACGAAUACCCAGAAGUUGACGUCGAAGAGAACACGUAGAAGAACAAGCACGGGCACGCAUCGCAGGCCGACAGUAAUGACAACGUCGACUUAUUCUCCGUCUCAGAACUCGGACAACAAAAGACGGCGGCAGCAGAGGAGGCUGUUCCAGGAAGCCGAUUGGGCUCGUUCCGAUGGCCGGACCUUUCAGCAGUGCAGGCCAGCGUUUCUCAGAACUGGUGCUGCUAGUGCUGCUUCAGGAUCUGCCUACGCAGAGUUUGGAGCGACCAAGGUCAUUGUCUCUGUGUUUGGUCCAAGGGAGAGCAAGAAAGCUAUGCUGUACAGCAAUACUGGAAGAUUAAACUGCAAUGUCCUUUACACAACUUUUUCAACUUCAAUUCGCGGACAGGGAACAGAUAACAAGGAGUACUCUUCAAUGCUUCAUAAAGCCCUGGAAGGGGCCAUCAUUCUUGAAACAUUCCCAAAGACUACAGUUGAUGUUUUUGCAUUGGUUCUGGAAUCUGGUGGUGGGGAUCUUCCAGUGAUCAUAACUUGUGCUAGUCUUGCACUUGCUGAUGCUGGGAUCAUGAUGUACGAUCUUGUUUCAGCUGUUUCUGUGUCUUGUUUUGGGAAGAACCUAGUUAUCGAUCCCACUUUGGAAGAGGAAGCCUGCCAAGAUGGUAGCCUCAUGGUUACAUGCAUGCCUGCUCGUAACGAGGUCACUCAGCUGACCCUCACAGGAGAAUGGACAACUCCCAAAAUUAACGAGGCAAUGGAGUUGUGUCUGGAUGCAUGUUCUAAGCUUGCGGAGAUCAUGAGGUCAUGUCUGAAGGAAGCUGCUUCUGUACCAAGUUGAAAUGAAAUGAUGAGAGAAUUUUGAAAGCUUUCCUUUAUUAUAGAAUUUUCCAUCUUGAAAUAUUUGUUUCUGCUGUUGAACUUCACAAUGAGGUUUAGAAUUACUGAGUUUGAAGAUUAUGUGACCGGUGAAGCAAGAGAUUCAAGUUCUCAAACCAUAACUACAUGUGUUAUAUACAUGCAUCUUUAUAAUUUUUCCUGAAAGGCACUUGAUUUUUUCUUUU